AUGGACUCGAAAGUUAAUUCCGCUGAUAUUUUCAGCUCAUUAUUCUUCUUUUGGCGUACUUUGGGCUUCACAACCACCUACAAUAAGUAUCUGAUCGCUUUGUACGAUGCAUUUGUGACUACAUUCGUCACUUUUGCCUUCCCUGCACAUCUUCUUCUGGGCGCAGCUUUUGCGGAAAAGAAGGAAAAUAUAUUCAUCAACUUGGCCAUUGGCAUUUCCGCAAUCGCUUGCACAUUUAAGCAUUUCUUGUUGCGUCCACAACUAACUCAAAUUCUAUUUGUGAAUGAUAUGCUGCAGCAAUUGGAUGAGCGUGUCCAAAAUGUUGAGGACAUACGCUACUACGUUACGCACAUACGCAGGAGAUCAAUUUUUAUGAUGCGCUUUUUUACUGUAGUGUACUUUUCAGUGGCAAUCAUGGCAGUGCUGUCUGCGUUGUGGUCUGGCAAGAUUUUAUAUCCGGCAUACGUUAUCAUCGACUGGCAUAGUUCAACCGGGAAAUAUUUGCUGGUGAUGCUGUUCCAAGUAUACGGUUUGACUAUGCAAAUCAUACAGAAUCUUACCAACGAUACCUAUGGGCCAAUGGUAUUGUGUUUGCUCUCGGGGCAUGUGCACCUGCUCGCCAGACGCGUGGCGCGUAUAGGUCAUGACAUCGACGGCGACACCGUGGAGAACAGCUAUAGGGCGCUAGUGCUUUGCAUUGAGGACUACAAACUGCUAAUGAGCACAACUAAGCAGGUGGAGCGCAUCAUCUCGUCCAGCUACAUGGUGCAGUUUACCGCAGUUGGCAUAAAUGUUGUUGUAGGUCUCAUCUAUAUGCUUUUCUUUGCUGAUAACCUCUUCGCUUACGGCUAUUAUAUUUUUCAUAUUUUGGCCAUUAUGAUUGAGAUUUUUCCCUGUUGCUAUUAUGGCAGUUUGGUGCAGGCGGAAUUCCAUGCCCUAUCGUAUGCUAUCUUUCGCUGCAACUGGUUGACACAGCCGCGCGAAUUUCGUCGUAAUCUUAUUACUUUUGUGGAGCUGUCAUUGUAUGAGGUCACCGUGUCGGCGGGAGGUAUGAUGAGAAUACAUUUGGACUCAUUUUUUAAAACCUGUAAAAUGGGCUACUCAUUCUUCACGGUCAUUCAAAGUAUGAAAUAA